CUCCCCAUCCACUCCCUUAACUGAGUCUUCGCAGUCACAUCCCUCUCACUGCUUCUCAAGCUUACCCAAGAAGAACCAGGUCUCCUUUUCAGCUCUGAAGUCUUGGCGAUGUAGAAACUGGCUUCCACUGCAUCUCCUUCACGUUGCUCCAGCAGGUCUCCCCAACCUCUUGCACGGGCACUGCCGUAGAGUGUAUUUUCGGGCUUCAGGAGUCGUCCGGUCUCCUUUUGUUAGAGUGGCGCAGAAGUUGAUUCUUGCCACCGUCUGCUGCUGUGGUUGCAGCUAGCACUCUUAGACGGCUUGUCCUAAAUGCUGGCAGAGUCGUGCGGGCUGAUGGGGUCGGACACGCGAGACCUGAGCACCCUGAUGCCCCCCGUGCCUGCUCUCCCGGGGGCCAGUGGUGGCGCUCCACAGUGGGGCCCCAUUAUGGACUUCCAUCCCGGCUCCCCCUACGGAGCCCUGCCGUCCCACUCCUUCAUCAAGCAGGAGCCGGGCUGGGCGGCGGCCGAUCCCCUCGAUGACCCACACUGUGGCUUCGGGGCCUUCACUGUGCACUUCUCGGGCCAGUUUACUGGGACAGGCGGCUGCAACCAGGGUCGAGUCUUCCCCAGCGCACCCUAUCUGUCCACCUGCGCAGACAAUCCUCCAGGCCUUCGAAGUCCGUCAGAUCUGGAUGGAGCUCCGAGUUAUGGCCACACUCCAGCUCACCACUCCCCUCCCUUCCCUUGUUCCCACCCAUUCAAGCAAGAGGAUGCCAUGUCCCCACAGACCAGCAUGGUUGAACAACAGUACCAAGCUCCUCCUCCUGUCUACGGUUGCCAAGCCCCCACAGACAGCCAGACUCUGCUCCUCCGGAACACCUACAAUAGUGAUAAUUUGUAUCAAAUGACAUCCCAGCUGGAAUGUGUAGCCUGGAAUCCUGUCAGCUCUCUGACUUCUACUAUCAAGAGAUCUGUGUAUGCUCUGUUGGUCUUGUCCAGUCCUACUGCAGGGUUUGAGAAUGAGACUUCAGCAGCUGCCCCUCCUUUAGUCUACAGCUGCAGUGCCCAGUACCACAUACACACACACGGCAUGCUCCGAGGAAUUCAGGAUGUAUGUCGAAUGCCGAGCAUUGCUCCCCCCAUAGUGAGGUCAACGGAGCCCAACGAGAAACGUCCAUUCAUGUGUUCUUACCCUGGCUGCAGCAAAAGAUACUUCAAACUGUCCCACCUGCAGAUGCAUGGCAGGAAACACACAGGGGAGAAGCCUUACCAGUGUGACUUCACUGACUGUGGCCGUAGGUUCUCCAGAUCAGACCAGCUUAAGAGACAUCAGCGCAGACACACAGGAGUGAAACCCUUUCAGUGCGAGACGUGUCAGAGAAAGUUCUCGCGCUCAGACCACCUUAAGACCCAUACCCGGACUCAUACAGGUAAAACAAGUGAGAAGCCUUUUACCUGUCGCUGGCCAACCUGUCACAAGAAGUUCGCCCGUUCAGAUGAGCUGGUCAGACACCACGGCAUGCACCAGAGGAACGUUACCAAACUGCAGUCGACUUUCUGAACUAAGUCAUUCAUUUGUUGUUCUGGAAUUUACAAGCAGUACAGAAUAAUAAAGUAAUGGUUCAUAGCCAGAGUAGGAGAUAAUAAAAGGAAUAUUUUGGAUCAUCUCAAGUUGUAAACAACCAGCAUAUAUGCACCUAAUUUUCUUUCUUUUAGUACUGUGCAUAUCAGCAGUACAUGUAAUCCAUCUCUUGAAAAUGUACUGGUUCCCUUCAAUCAUGUGACUCACACACACACACACACA